AUUCUUCUCAGAAGAGGAUACAUUUCCUGUUCACAGCGAAGGUACUCCCUCCAGCCCAUCCCAGAGAGGAGGGUUCCAAACCGAUACUUGGGCCAGCCUAGCCCCUUCACACACCCACACCUCCUCAGACCAGAUUAUGCAAGAUUUCCAGAUCUGAUUGUCACAGCUUUGCGAGUGAAUGAUACCAUUGUGUCUCUCAGUGAGGGCUUCCUUUUGCUGAUUCUUCAUCAGACUGGAAUUCCUGCUGGAAAGUCGGCUGAGACUAAGGAAAUGCAGCUCACCACUGAAACACACAAGAAAUCAGAGUUUUUCAAAGCUGUAAGGAGAGGUGACUCCAGGACUAUCCCAGGUGGAAUAUGCACUUCGAAGACACAAGUUAAUGUCUCUGAUCCACAAGGAAGCACAAGGGCAGAAUGGGACAGACCAGACGGUGGUUCUGCUGUCCAACCCUACAUACUACAUGAGCAAUGAUAUCCCCUAUACUUUCCACCAAGACAACAAUUUCCUGUACCUAUGUGGAUUCCAAGAGCCUGAUAGCAUUCUGGUCCUUCAAAGCCUCCCUGGCAAGCAGUUACCAGCACACAAGGCCAUGCUUUUUGUGCCUCGGAGAGACCCCAGUCGAGAACUUUGGGAUGGCCCACGGUCUGGCACUGAUGGAGCUAUAGCUUUAACUGGCGUGGACGAAGCCUAUACACUGGAAGAAUUUCAACAUCUAGUACCAAAACUGAAAGCUGAGACAAAUACACUUUGGUAUGACUGGAUGAGGCCUGCUCACACACAGCUUCACUCAGACUAUAUGCAGCGUGUGGCUGAGGUCAAAACCAAGAGCAAGAACAAGGUUCAGGCUGUCCACCAGCUGAUACAGCGCCUCCGGCUGAUCAAAUCUCCUGCUGAAAUUGAACGAAUGCAGAUUGCUGGGAAGCUGACAUCACAGGCUUUCAUAGAGACCAUGUUUGCCAGUAAAGCCCCUGUGGAGGAGAGCUUUCUUUAUGCUAAGUUUGAAUUUGAAUGCCGGGCCCGGGGAGCAGACAUCUUAGCCUACCCACCUGUGGUUGCUGGAGGUAAUCGGUCAAACACUUUGCACUAUGUGAAGAACAAUCAGCUCAUCAAGGAUGGGGAAAUGGUGCUGUUGGAUGGGGGGUGUGAAUCUUCUUGCUAUGUAAGUGACAUCACCCGUACCUGGCCUGUCAAUGGCAGGUUUACAGCACCUCAGGCAGAACUGUACAAAGCUGUUCUAGAGAUCCAGAGAGAUUGUCUGACCCUCUGCUCCCCUGGAACAAGCUUGGAAAACAUCUACAGCAUGAUGCUGACCCUAAUAGGACAGAAGCUUAAAGAGUUGGGGAUCAUGAAGAACAUUAAGGAAAAUAAUGCCUUCAAGUCUGCUAGAAAAUACUGCCCUCAUCAUGUUGGCCAUUACCUCGGGAUGGAUGUCCACGACACUCCAGACAUGUCCCGUUCUCUCCCUCUACAGCCCGGCAUGGUGAUCACAGUGGAGCCAGGCAUUUAUAUUCCAGAGGAUGACAGAGAUGCCCCAGAGAAGUUUCGUGGUCUUGGUGUUCGGAUUGAGGAUGAUGUAGUGGUGACUCAGGACUCACCUCUCAUCCUUUCUGCAGAUUGUCCCAAAGAGAUACAUGACAUCGAACAGAUCUGCAGCAGGGCCUCUUGACCCUCAUUGCAGCCCACAAGCAUCUCAGGUUCAAGGGGUGUGCACUGGCAUCUGUGUACCUGAGCUUUCUGAGUGUUGUCUGUGUGUGUACAUUUAUGUGCAUGUUUCAGUUGGGAGUGUGGGAACUGUAUGAAUGUAUGUAACUGUGUGUGUGGUUUGUUUUUUUUUGUUUUAAGUAACUCAAAUUUGGAAAAUUGAAUUGUUGGACUAUAUGUUACUGCAGCUUUAGUUACAUUAAUUCUGUAGAACUAAUGACCCAGGCAAGUUUAGUUUUUAAACAUCAAGGUAGAUCUUAGUUACAUAUAUUCAUGCAUUCCAGUUACACAUUUAAAUGUACAGAAAUCCUCUCCUCUCCAGGUCUUUUCCUUUCAGUGUUUUUGCUGAGAUCCAGUUAAUAUCAUAUUUGUGUGAUGCUUAUAUUUUCAGCAAGUCACCAAAGUUUCUGCCUACACUAAAAGUCACCCACCAGUGACUGUGUGUAGCCAGUAUAUGCCUUUCAUGCUGGUACUGCCCUGUUCCAGAGCCCGCACAUCUACUGGAACCACAUGAGCCCUCAUGGGCACUGGUGUCCUGCCAUCCCACCAUUCAGCUGCCUUCCAGAUUCCAGCAACAGUGUCUAUCAAACAAAAUGGUUAUGAACCUUUUUUUGCUACUUGGUUGCCUAGAGCCUGGAAGGUAUUUAGGUUCUUGACAAGGAAGGACAUGGAGGAGAAAGAAAAGUAUAUAGGUGUUUGCUACAGAUCCAGACCUCCAUCUAUCUGUUCUCAAUCUAAAGAUGAUUUCUUUCCCAGACAUUCAUGCUGCCU